UCCUACCUGAGCGUGUGGAGGCGAUGAAGAUCUUGACGAGGCGCGGCGUGGGCCACUUGGGCGACGUGAGGUGGCCCUGCAGCACCUCCUGGAUAAUCUCCUCGUUGUUCAUGUUGGCGUUGGCGCUGGCGGCGGCGGCGGCGGCGGCUGCCCCACGGGGCGGUGAGGGGGCG